CCAAUAGGCGAGAAGUAAGUUCUUAUUUAAACUAAAGCGGUGCAAAUGGACCUACGUAACACUCCCAUUUUUAUGUUAUUUUGACAUUCGAGUUUAAGCUGACAGUCUCAGGCCACGUUUUCGAAGCAGUUUCAGAAGGAAAUCUAACAACAAGUAGCAGUUGAUGUAGGUGUCGCUACCGGAGAAUAUACAGAGACAUGGGCGAAAAUAUGUGCAUUUAAGCAUAUCUCUUGUAUACUGUGUCACAUCAGAGUUCUUAUUUAAGAAGGAAUCAAUAAACCUGCGACCAUGGAACAAGAUACUACAGUAAGCCUUCUAUGUUUUGAAGAAAAUCCCGAGGCUGAUGAAAACCUUUCCCUUAAGGCCAUUGUUCUGGAUGAAAUGUCAAAGCCUACAGUAAAAGUAAAUGCAGAGGGUAAUUCAUCGACACAGUUAGGUGGAGAAAACCAACCUCAGUCAGAGAACUGCAUCUCAAACCCAUCUCAAGGGAGCGGUAAAAAGUCACGGAUGUCAGGUUUUCGAUCUGCUCUGACACCGAUUUUAAAGUACCUGAAUACCGGAAACAGGCGUCAGCCAAUGGAGCCUCUAAAAUGUGAGAGAAAUUCUCUUCAGAGUUUAUCCACUAAUUCUAUGGGAGUUAAUUGUCAACAAGCAAUGGGAAUGUCUAGCCAGUAUCCAUUUAGCACUAAAACCUCUAAUGUCUGCUGGCUGGAUGAGGAAUGCCUUCCAGAGAUUACGCUUCUCGAUGAUGCAUAUGAAUCUAGAAAUAAUUCAGCUCUACUAGAGAGCAUGCCUGCUACGCCUAUGAAACCUCAGUCCUCGAUGGAAUCAGUUCGUCAUCAUAAUGAUGGCCGUUUAGAAGCAGAAAGAGAUGCCUUUUCAGUCUCUGACAAAGAAAGUCAAUCAUCCCCUCUUAAAACCCAGAUGGAUUCAUCUGCUAAAGCAAAUCUGCAGUUAAACACAGCAGUUGAAAACAGCUCUGCCCAAACACCGGUUACUGUGUUGGAGAAAACUGUAAGUGCAAUGCCUUGCCUCCGGGACGACACUUUUGAAUGUAAGGAAAAUGGCCCAGUGAAUUUGGCACAAAAUGAAACAGGCCAGGUGGCUUUGAACGUAAACAACAUCUCACCCCCACAUGUUUCGAAUCCACUGGAAUGUGCCCAAAAAAGCAAUGCUGAAGUCCGUCUUUCUAAACUGUGCAAACAAAAUGAGACAAUCUCCAUUUCUGUUGGCGAAACUGUGACGCCUGAAACCUCACAGAGAACCGUUGGAGGUUAUUUACCAGAAACUACACUUCUCGAUGUGACGCGUGAUUCUGAUUUUCUCCUGGAGACGAGCAUAUCUAUGGUCAAGGUUGCACAGGAAGUUUCUCCGAUGGAUGUAGGGGAAGAAAGCAGGUGCUUUUCCGAUUUAGGUGUUCAGCCCGCUAAUAUUACGUAUGACAUGAGCGUCUCCAGUGAUGUGCAGGCCCAGCAGACCAACACCUCUGAUAUUCACCGCAACAACAGUUUAAUCAUCGUUAACCCAGAGUCUUCCGUCGAACCCAUGAACAUGUCCAAUUCUUGGGACGCGAACGCAAAAGAGCCAACUGCCAAAAAUGACUGUGAGUCGAUGGUGGUUGAGACCCAAUCAAGCCCCAAAAAGGGUGGCUCUGUGAGGAACACAUUUACGAUCACGCCAUCGUCCAAGCUUAGCACCCCCUUUAGCAGCGAUAAAGCAACUUGCCUUCGGGAUAACACCGUGGAUCUUUCUGAAUCCAAUGCGACCAAUCCCAAAGCACUGGGAGAGAUUGGGGGAGCUGACUUGAGUGCUGACUUAAAGAAAGCCGAAACAUCUUUAACUCGGCAUGUGACGGCACAUAGUGAUCUGCAGAACGCAACGUUUGAAUGGCAAGCCAAUCCUAAAUCCACUGGCAGCAAUGGUUUAGGGGAAGUGGUUGCUGGAACGUUUUGCCCCGAGCGCACGUUCGAUAGCAAACCACCCUGUACGCAGAGUGACACAAUAACUUUGUCCGAAGUGAGUUCAAGUGUCAAUUGCUCGGCUACGGCGGAUAAGCCCUCUCUUUCAGACACUAAUUCUUCGACAAGCAAUCAGGUGGAAAGCGUUAAUAAAGAAGCCCCUUCUGAAGUGUUAAAGCAAAGUGGGACACGGCCAAGUACAGAUUCUCAAACCAAGACGACUAACACAACUGUAAGCAUUCUUGAAGCAAAUCCAGCUCCAGAGGUCACUCCCGUAGCAGGGAACCAACCGACUAGUUUGACAUCUGACGUGGCAAGUCUGGACGGAGAGAAGCGUAAUACCACCUUCAACUUAGAUGACACCUUAGAUAUGAAGUCAGAGCCGCUGGUCACUUCCACGCCAAUGCCACACUUCAAGGUGUUUCCCGUCACGAUGGAACAUUGUACUGAUGUUGAAGCCCCUGGGGCACAGAAAAGCCUCUACGGGAAAGAACCAGCUGCUCAGGUGUCGUUGAAUCCGUCAUCGAAUAUCAACUCCAACCAAAAGACAUUCAUAGAGUCGCUGACUGCUGCGAAAUUCAUUCUGCCCCAGCUGAAAUCCAAGAUAGCUUCCGCGCAGCCAAGAACGUGUGAGCCAUUCUACAACCAGCCAAUGACCAGACUGAGAACCAGGGCAGAAGCCUUGAAGGGUCCUGCAGCUUCUGAACCAGCCCAGGUGACCACAGGAAUAUCCAGCUGUCAAAACGUACCUGCAACAAGAAAAGGAUCCAAGCUCAAUACUUUUCUCUCAAGACCAUCAGGCUUCCAGAGACCUGCAACAGGAAUCAGACCACCACCUGCACGAACAAAUGCGCCAACUACGGGCACUGAGAAACUGGUUGUGCCCACAGUACACAACCCUGUGGUGAGGCCUACACAACUAAGGAAACCCUUGACCAGAAGUGAGACUUUACCGACUGCAAAAAGGAAACUUGAUAGUGUAGUACCAACUAGUACUACAGGAGCCUCAGGACAAUGUGUUGAAGGAAAAGGCAGAGCUCUAAAGCAGGUUAAACAAAGCCACAGACCUCAGCUUACUAAACCCCAAAGCCAUGAUAGUGUAGUACCAACUAGUACUACAGGAGCCUCAGGACAAUGUGGUGAUGGAAAAGGCAGAGCUCUAAAGCAGUUUAAACAAAGCCACAGACCUCAGCUUACUAAACCCCAAAGCCAUGGAUGUGCCGAAUGUGGCGAACAACUUCAAUUACAGUCAGAAGAAAUAACGAGAUUGAAAAGAGUUUGUGGCGAACUCGAAGAACAACUUCAAUUAAAAUCAGAAGAAAUAACAAGAUUGAAGAGAGCUGCAGAAAUACAGUAAGCAAAAGGACUGCUAAAUGCUCCAGUAAAGUCCUAUUGAGGUUUUAAUAACUGAGUUUUAAAUACCUAAUAAAAUUACUUAAUGAACUUCA